GGUUUUUCAACUUUGGUUUCUGUGGGUAAAUCAUACAAAAAAUUUUAUAUUGUCCCUUUUCUGUUUUUCUUUCUUUCUCUUUCUUGUUGACUAUUAUCUCCAAAUGACUUUAUUUCGAUUUCUUAGAGUGGGAAAUAAUGGUUCUCGUACGCUUUCUAAUUGCUUACAUACCACUUCAAGAUCAUCCAUGCAUCCAUUUUUAGGACGUUUAUCUCGACCUACCACCACCCCUUUGACACAAAACCUAGUUUGGAGUAUCGGAACCAACAAGUCAGUUUCACUUUCCUACUUGUCAAAACGUCUCAUGUCCUCAGCAACAGUGACAGCAACAACAGCAACAACAACAACAACAGCAGCAGCAGCAAGAGCAACAACAGCUACAAAAGCAGCUGGCAUUCAAGUGACGAAACCUAUAGUGGCUCAUUGGCUUUAUUUUAAUGCUGGUCUUGUUUUCGCCAUUGUAGUUGUUGGUGGUUUGACUCGUUUGACAGAAAGUGGUUUGUCUAUCACAGAAUGGAAUGUUAUUUCUGGUAUGAAACCUCCACGAUCUCAACAAGAAUGGACUGAAGAAUUUGAAAAAUACAAACAGUUCCCUGAAUAUAAACUAUUGAAUCGACAUAUGACUUUGGAAGAAUUCAAGAAUAUCUUUUACUGGGAAUGGUCUCAUCGUAUGAUUGGUAGAUUUAUUGGAGCCACCUUCAUCAUCCCCGGUCUUUAUUUUGCUUCCAGGGGAUACAUGACUCGUCGGGUAGCGAAACAAGUGUUUGGUAUUACAUGUGUUCUUGGUUUUCAGGGAUUCAUGGGUUGGUACAUGGUGAAAUCUGGAUUAUCGGAAGCAUUGAUGAAAGAACCUGGAGCAGUUCCUCGUGUUAGUCAAUACAGAUUAACAGCUCACUUCGCUACAGCAUUGAUGAUUUAUGGUUCAACAAUCUUUGUAGCGGCUGAUAUUCUUCGACAAAACAAAUUGGCAAAUGGCACUUACCCCAAAGAAAUAGCAAACAUGAUCAACCAUCCUGCAUUGAAAAGAUUCCGUAUUUUGACACAUUCUUUAGGCGCCUUACUUAUUUUGACAGCACUCUCAGGUGGUUUAGUUGCAGGCUUGGAUGCUGGAUUGAUUUAUAACGAAUGGCCCAUGAUGGGUGAAGGCUUGAUUCCCCCCAAAGAUGAAUUAUGGUCAGAUCAUUAUGUCAAACCUCAUGACAAGGGCAAAUGGCGAAACUUUUUGGAAAAUCCAACCACAGUACAAUUCGAUCAUCGUACUUUGGCAGAAACUUCAGCAGUGGCAGCAACAGCUUUAUGGUUCUACGCUCGACGUCUUCCUUUACCUAAAAAUGUACGAUUGGCAGUCAAUACUAUGAUGGGUGUAGUGGUAGUUCAAGUAUCUUUGGGAAUCUCUACUUUGAUUUAUAUGGUACCUAUUCAAUUGGCAGCUGCUCAUCAGGCUGGUGCUCUUACUCUCUUGACUAGUAAUUUUUGGUUGAUUCAUGCCCUUCGAAAAGUUCCCUUAUAGUUAGACGUUAAAUAGAUUCUAGAGUUAUUAGUAGCAUUGAUUGUACACAUAUUUUUCCAUUAUUAUAUAAUAAAUCGAUUAUUAUUAUUAUUAUUAUUAUUAUUAUUAUUAUUA